UUUAGGGGUUUAAUUGAGAUUUGGCCAAAAUUCAUGAUGUGUAUUUUUUUUGAACAAUUGAGAUUGAACUGUAUAGCAUUCCUAAAAAAGAAAGUCGUUAUUUGUUCACUGAAACGCCAUGUUGUUUAUUCAUCUAUGUAGCGGAUAAAAAUAGAACUGAAAAAAAAUAAAAUAAAUAAAACACAAUUUCUGCAAUCUUAGAUUUUCGACAAGAUCAAGAAUUUAACAAAAACAAAAGGAAACUACUAUCUUAUAUAUGAGUAAGCAUAUCAUUACCCAUUCAUCGGUUUUCUUGGGGCAAAGUGUUUUGAGUAGUGUCUCAUGAAAACUGCCAAGCUGUCAAUUGUAAAUGAAUGCAGAGAACAGCUCCUUUAUUCUUCCCUUUCAAAAGCUUUAUCAUCUGCAUCAAACUCAAAGGAACUUCACAAAGUACACUCUCUCAUAAUUACAUCAGGCCUUGAGAGAAGAUAUGUUUUUUUCUGUGGCAAUCUUAUAAGCAAAUAUGCCCAGUUUAAAGACCCAAUUUCUUCUCUUUCAAUCUUUAACCAAUUUUCACCUAAAAAUAAUGUUUAUCAGUGGAAUUCAGUCAUUAGAGCACUAACCCAUAAUGGGUUGUUCUCUAAAGCUCUUGACCUUUACUUCAAAAUGAAAGAUUUUAACGUUAAGCCCGAUACUUAUACUUUCCCUUCUGUGAUUAAUGCUUGUGCAGCAUUAGGGGAUUUUGAGAUUGGUAAUGUUGUCCAGAAUCAUGUUUUGGAAAUAGGUUUUGGAUUUGAUUUGUAUAUUGGAAAUGCUUUAGUGGAUAUGUAUGCUAGGUUUGGUGAUUUGGUUAAAGCACGUAACGUGUUUGAGGAAAUGACCCAAAGAGACAUUGUGUCAUGGAAUAGCUUGAUUUCAGGCUAUAGUGCUAAUGGGUAUUGGGAGGAAGCUUUAGAAAUUUAUUACGAGUUAAGAAUAGCUGGGUUGAAACCUGACAAUUUUACUCUAUCAAGUGUCUUGCCUGCUUGUGGUGGCUUGCUUGCUGUUAAAGAGGGUGAAGUAAUUCAUGGAUUGGUGGAAAAGCUUGGCAUGAAUAUUGAUGUUAUAAUGAGCAAUGGACUUCUGUCUAUGUAUUUCAAAUUUGGUAGGUUAAUGGAUGCUCAAAGAGUUUUCAACAAGAUGGUUGUUAAGGACUAUGUUAGCUGGAACACUUUAAUUUGUGGAUAUUGUCAAAUGGAGUUGUUUGAAGAGUCAAUCCAGUUAUUUAGGGAGAUGGUAAAGAGGUUUAGACCAGAUUUGUUGACUAUCACAUCUGUUCUUCGCGCUUGUGGUCUUUUAAGGGACUUGGAAUUUGGGAAAUUUGUUCAUGAUUAUAUACUAAGAAGUGGUAUUGAAUUUGAUGUAACAGCAAGUAAUAUAGUUAUUGAUACAUAUGCAAAAUGUGGCGAUUUACUAGCCUCGAGAAAAGCAUUUGACAGAAUGAAAUGUAGGGAUUCUGUGUCGUGGAAUACGUUGAUUAAUGGUUAUAUUCAGAGCAGAAGCUAUGGUGAAGGAGUGAAGCUCUUCAAAAAAAUGAAGAUGGACUUGAAACCAGAUUCUAUAACCUUUGUGACAUUGUUAUCCAUCUCCACUCGAUUAGCAGACACUGAACUAGGAAAAGAAAUCCAUUGUGACUUGGCUAAAUUAGGAUUUGAUUCAGAUUUGGUUGUCAGUAAUGCUUUAGUUGAUAUGUAUUCUAAAUGUGGAAACGUAAAAGACUCCCUUAAAGUUUUUGAGAACAUGAAAGUUCGUGACAUAGUAACAUGGAAUACCAUUAUUGCAGCAUGUGUCCAAGCUGAAGAUUGUACUUUAGCAUUUAGAAUGAUUAGCCAAAUGAGAAAUGAGGAACUGAUUCCAGAUAUGGGAACCUUGUUAGGUAUAUUGCCCAUUUGCUCCUUAAUUGCUGCCAAAAGGCAAGGGAAAGAGGUUCAUGCUUGCACUUUCAAGUUUGGAUUUGAGUCGACUGUUCCAGUAGGGAAUGCAUUAAUUGAAAUGUACUCCAAAUGCGGCAAUUUAAAGUACUGUAUCAGAGUAUUUGAGGAUAUGAAAACAAAAGAUGUGGUGACAUGGACUGCAUUGGUCUCUGCAUAUGGGAUGUAUGGUGAAGGAAAGAAAGCUUUGAGAGCAUUUGCAGAGAUGGAAGAAGCUGGGAUCAUUCCUGAUCAUAUCGCUUUUGUUGCUAUCAUCUAUGCUUGUAGCCAUUCAGGUUUAGUAGAAGAAGGUCUGGCUUGCUUUGACCACAUGAAGGUUUACAGCAUUGAGCCAAGGAUUGAACACUAUGCUUGUCUAGUUGAUCUUCUCUCCCGAUCUGGACAGUUAUCUAAAGCAGAAGAGUUUAUCAGUUCAAUGCCAUUGAAGCCAGAUGCUAGUAUAUGGGGAUCAUUACUUAGUGCUUGUCGAGCAAGUGGAAACCUAAAGAUUGCAGAACGGGUCUCUGAGCAUAUUCUUAGAUUGCAUUCAGAUGAUCCUGGAUAUUAUAUUUUAGUAUCAAAUGUUUAUGCAGCUUUGGGAAGAUGGGAUGAGGUCAGAAAGAUACGGAAAUGCUUAAGAGACAGGGGACUGAAGAAAGAUCCUGGAUGCAGUUGGAUUGAAAUUAAAAAUAGCGUGCAUGCUUUUGGGGCUGGAGAAAAAUUCUUUAUACAGUAUGAAGAGGUAAAUAAGUAUUUAGGGCAACUUGCUGAUUUGAUAACCAAAGAAGGUUAUACAGUUGAUUUGAACUUUGCUCUGCAUGAUGUUGAGGAGGAUGAAAAGAGAAGCUUGCUUUGUGGCCACAGUGAAAGGCUUGCCAUAGCAUUUGGAUUGUUAAACACAAAACCAGGAACCCCCUUGCAAGUAUUUAAAAAUCUUCGUGUUUGUGGGGAUUGUCAUACUUGGACCAAGUACAUCACAAAGAUUGUAAAACGAGAUAUAUUGGUAAGAGAUGCCAAUCGGUUUCAUAUGUUUCAUGAUGGGGCGUGUAGCUGUGAAGAUCAUUGGUGAUGUGAUUCUUCAUAUGUCACGUAUUUUUAUAUGGUAGAUAAGUUCAGAUAUUAACGAUGGAGAUUCUUUUGGAUGUGUUCAACAACAAAUGCUUUAGUGAGGAAGGUGGGCAUGUGCAAGUUGCUAAGUAGGGUGAAGUAGCAAAGAGUUGAUGGAUAAUUUACCAGCAAUAGCCCUUUCUAUGUAAGCAAUAACCUGGUUUAGCAGAGAAGAAAGCAUACAUAUAAGGACCUCAUGUCGAUUGGAUUACUGGAUCAAGUGAGAAUUCAUUUCUUUAUGGUACAAGAUCUUCGGCAAGGCAGUGUGUUACAUAACUGUGUUAGAAGGUUAGCUUGACUGAAAAUGUAGCAAUUUUCCUUGUGGUAUCAGUUAAUAUGGGGCCUUGAGUGAAGUUUAUACCUCAUCAGCAGGUGUUGAACACAGCAAACACUAUAGAUCGAGUGCAACAUUUGAUGACAUGCAUGAUAUUGUCAUUCCAAAGUCGGGGUUCAGAGGAUUUUUGGGGCUUUCUAUUAAGCAUCAAAAGAGUUGGAAAUUACAAGAACUCUUACACUAUGCAAUCGAAAGAUUGUUUCUUGCAAAACGCCUUGGAGAAUCCGGAUUCUAGCAUGAGACAAAUGGAAAAUUGUGGAAAGAAUGGAUAAUUCCAAAACUGGAAUUAUUCAUGGAGGCUUAUAGAGUUGAAAAUGCUUUCACCCGACACUUGUUACUAAAUGAUGAUUUAAAAAUUAAAAAUAAUAGAAAGAUAAAAGAAACUGUUCGAAACAGCGAAAGUUAUUGAAAAUCAUUCUGGAGCUUUUGUGUAUUAUUAUGUAUUGUUUGAUUGAGAAUAAACUGAAGAUUUUCAGCCUUUCACCUGAACUAUGAUUCUAGGACUGGUGGAAGACGAUCAUGUAUUAAGGCUAUGACUGAAAUAGAAUUAAACAGCAACUUUUUUUC